GGAGAGUUGUCGGCUGGGAAAUGGCGGCCGCGGGCUUGGUCGCUGUGGCCACGGCUGCAGAGUACUCUGGCCCUGUAGCGUCGGGAGGUAACCUCUCCGGUGUUAACUGCGGCCCAAGCUCCGGAGCAGGUACUGGUCCUGGCCCGGGUUCGUGGAGCCGCUCCCUCGAUCGAGCGCUAGAGGAGGCGGCUGUGACCGGGGUGCUGAGCCUGAGCGGCCGGAAACUGAGGGAGUUUCCCCGGGGAGCGGCCAACCAUGACCUGACGGACACCACUCGGGCGGAUCUGUCACGAAAUCGCCUCUCAGAAAUUCCCAUAGAAGCAUGUCAUUUUGUUUCUCUUGAGAAUCUCAACUUAUACCAAAAUUGUAUUCGGUAUAUACCAGAAGCAAUUCUAAACCUACAAGCUCUAACAUUCUUAAAUAUUAGUCGGAACCAGCUGUCAACAUUGCCAGUACAUUUGUGUAAUUUACCAUUGAAAGUCUUAAUUGCUAGUAAUAACAAAUUGGUGUCACUUCCAGAAGAAAUUGGACAUCUCAGACACUUAACAGAACUUGAUGUGAGCUGCAAUGAAAUUCAAACAAUACCUUCCCAAGUUGGUAAUUUGGAGGCCCUAAGAGACCUGAACGUCAGAAGAAAUCACUUAUUACGUUUGCCUGAAGAGCUGGCAGAGUUGCCUUUGAUACGGUUCGACUUCUCCUGCAAUAAAAUUACAACAAUCCCCGUUUGUUAUCGGAACCUCAGGCACCUACAGAUGAUCACCCUAGAUAACAAUCCACUACAGUCUCCUCCUGCACAGAUAUGUAUAAAAGGCAAAGUCCACAUAUUUAAGUACCUGAACAUACAGGCUUGUAAGAUUGCUCCAGAUCUGCCAGAUUAUGAUAGGAGACCCUUGGGUUUUGGCUCCUGCCAUGAAGAAAUGUACUCAGGACGCCCUUAUGGAGCCCUUGAUUCAGGUUUCAAUAGUGUGGACAGUGGUGAUAAGAGAUGGUCAGGAAAUGAACCUACAGAUGAAUUUUCAGAUCUGCCUCUUCGAGUAGCAGAAAUUACUAAAGAACAAAGACUACGAAGAGAAAGCCAGUACCAGGAGAAUCGCAGCAGUUUAGUAGUAACAAAUGGUGGAGUGGAACAUGAUCUGGAUCAGAUCGACUACAUCGACAGCUGUACUGCAGAGGAGGAAGAAGAUGAGAUGAGACAGCCCAAGGGCCUGGACUCAGACAGCCUCAGUUCCCAGUUUAUGGCAUAUAUUGAACAACGGCGAAUCUCUCAUGAGGGUUCACCCAUAAAGCCAGUACCUCUGAGGGAGUUUCAAAAAACAGAAGACAUGAGAAGAUAUUCACAUCAAAACAGGGUUUCAUCUGAGCCAUCUUCUCUCAUGUCACUGUCACCAAGUCACAGUCAGUUAUCACAUGCAGACUUGGAAAUUCUUCGGAGAAGAGAACAAUUAGUAGAGCGUACUCGGAGAGAGGCACAGCUUGCGGCCCUACAGUAUGAGGAAGAGAAAAUAAGGACCAAGCAAAUUCAAAGAGAUGCUGUCCUGGACUUUGUCAAGCACAAAGCAUCACAAAGUCCACAAAAACAACAAUCCCCCUUAGAUGGUGAGUGUCCCUUCCCAUCCAGAAGGUCUCAGCACACUGAUGAUAGUGCCUUGUUAGUGUCGCUGUCAGGGUUGAAUCAAGUGGGCUCUGCUGCUACCCUGCCUCAUUCUUCUGCCUUCAUGCUUCUUAAGAACAAUGACAGAUCUAAUACCAUAUCAAGUUCACCUACAACAGAAACAGUUCAUCAUUCCCCUGCAUAUUCUUUUCCUGCUGCUAUUCAGAGAAACCAGGCCCAGCGCCCUGAAAGCUUCCUUUACCGAGCAGCUGUCAGGGCAGAAGCAAAUAAAGGUCAUGCUUCACCCCUUCUUUCAUCUUCUGCACCUCCCACUGACUCUGCAGAUCCCAUAACAAGACCCAAUUCAAGACACAGAGAAGAAGAGCUGGAAUUAAUGGAUCAACUACGGAAACAUAUUGAGUACCGGUUGAAAGUAUCACUGCCUUGUGAUCUGGGAGCAGCUCUAACCGAUGGUGUUGUUCUUUGCCAUUUGGCCAAUCAUGUGCGGCCUCGAUCUGUCCCAAGCAUCCAUGUCCCCUCACCAGCUGUACCUAAAUUAACAAUGGCAAAAUGCAGGCGGAAUGUGGAGAAUUUCCUAGAAGCUUGCAGAAAAAUUGGUGUACCUCAGGACAAUCUUUGUUCCCCUUCUGACAUCCUUCAGCUAAACCUCAGCGUUAAAAGAACUGUUGAAACACUACUUUCUCUUGGGGCACAUUCAGAAGAAUCCAGUUUUGUCUCUCUGUCUAUCCAGCUUUUGGGUUUUGUGGCAUUUUAUUGUACUUUAAUGUUAACUCUCUGUCUGCUUUAUUACGGGAUCUUCCCCCUCUAGCUGAAAGAUUGCACUCCAGUGAUUUUCCACCUCAUUCCUGUGUUUGGUAAAGGAGGUUUGUUUCUUGUUACCAAGUAUUUACAUACGUGCUUUUUUUUUUUUUUUCCUGGCUAUCAAACAGCCAACCAGUAAAGGAGAUAAAUCCUGUCCCCAUAUGUCCAGAUGAACAGUCCAUCACAUUAGUAAGCAUUGAUGAUUGCUGACAGAGCAAAACACCAGCGUUUUUUCUCCUGGUGAUUUGUCCAUUCUCCUGGCCUCUGUCCUUUUUCCUCUUAUCACAAGUGCUGAGGUGCCUCUGAUACAAUCCUGCACCUGCUCUUAGAAUAAGACUUAGGAUAUAAUAUGACGUAAUAAAAUUCCCAAGUGGCCAUUUUUCCAACGUCUUCAACAACUGCUCAUAAAGAAAAUAGUUGCACCCUCUCCAGUUGAGGAGGCAGCUGGUCACUAAGAUCUCUGCAUUGAGCUGUGCCUGAAAAUCCUGCGGUAUCCUGUAUUGUGAGGCACAGGUCCACGUAACCAUUUGCUGUCUGCACAUCUGGAAGCACUGACCAUUUAGUCUUAGUAAUUUUAAUUUGAUCAGAACGUGCAGUCCAAAAAUCAGGUAGGUUCCUUAGAUCGCUAUUCUGAGCCCAGUGUAUACAUUUAAAAUAGUCCACAACAAGCAGAUGGUCUGGAGCUGACCUUUCAGGAGUAGGCACCUGUCCAGAUUUACUGUGUUUGUUAUCAAUGAACUAGCUUCACCUCUAGAACCCUAUUUAUAAUUUAAAUAGAAAUUUAUGUAAUUUACAGUAUACUUGAAUCAUCUUAAUAGGUGAACUUGUACUGAAUUAGGCUGUUCAGGAGGUUGUAUCUGAACAGUAAGAACAGGUAAAGUAUCAGGCAGCGGUCUCUGCUCUGUACUCAAGGCAGUGAGUUUUAUCGUCUUCAGGAUGUCCUAAAUAUGUAAGCUGCUGGCCUUAAUGCUUGAAACUACUUCAUGAUUGCAUUCAGAUUCUAGUUCUCAUAAAUAGGGUUUCUGAACAUUCAGGAAUCUACUGAACUCAAAUAUGAAGGGGAAUUGCAGGAAACAUAACACCUUGUUGUAGAAGUCAGCCUGAGGGUGUGAUUGCUUUGGUUUUCUUACAUAUUAAAUGGGACAGUUCUUUAACACAUUAAAAAACUGUUUACUAUUAAUGCUGAAAUAUUGACCUGACCACUGUGUUGAAAACCAGUUUUAUAUAGUAGUGGUGCCUUCCAGAGUUUGGAAGGCUUGCUUUGUUCUAUUUUUAAGAUGUCACGGAGUCAAAGACCAUUUGGUUUUGUGGAGUUUUGUCCCUUUAGAAGAUAAAACACAUGGUCUUGUAGGGGGGUAGUUGUACAUUCUCUUCAGAGCACACAGCGUUCCCUCCAAGCUGGCUGGCAGGUAAAUGCGCGUCUGGAAAGCAUAAGCCUCUGAGGGAAUGUCUAAACCGCAGGCAGCAGUGUGGGGCACUAUGGAGAAGGGAUCAGGGAAUUGGCCUCAGAGAAACUAUGCUUCCCCAAGAGCAAAACACCCUGCAGGUUCAUUUUAGAAUAGUUCAUCUGUAUUGGCAGUGGUACUCAAAGUAUUUAUACAGAGUUGGUAGUUUUAUAAGGUCAAAAGAUUGCAAUUACCUUGUUUUAUCAGGAUAAGUAUUAAAGUUUUAAGCACAAGUACCAAUAACUGUUCAAAAUAAAUGUUAUAUUUUUUAUUGCAACUUAUUUUGUAAAACUUCCUAAUACAGUAAGUGCCAUUGAAACGUCCAGUUAUCUUUUUUAAUAAAUAUGUGUAGUCUCCUUUUUAGUGGGACCAGAAUUCUACUUUUUGUCCUUUGUGAGAGCAGUGUCUGUUUUUCUGAAUAUUUAAUCUUAAAAGAAACACCAAUGAUAGGUGUUAUCCUUAAACCCUGCCUUUUUCUCUCUCAAGAAAGGCUUAACCAACGUUAAUGAGGCAAACACAGUAGAAGUUUUUAACUUCCUUAAGCAAACAUAUAAACACUUUUCAAAUAUAUGGUGAUUGAGGUAUUCCUGACUAAACUCACAUCAUAGAUCUCCAGCAUAAUUUAAUCCAUUAAAUACCAAGAUAUGAAAUACUUCCAUUUCUUCUAUAACACAGCUGGUGGGCAUCCUUCCUGCAAGCAGUCUGGCUUCUGGCAGGAAACUAUCUUGCAUUCCUUUGGUGUAUGAUUUCCAGAGCACUUUCUCCUACAGUGUCCUAUCUGUCAGGCCUGAGCCAUCUGGUAACUUGGAACUGCUUUUCCAUUUUCUCCACCUCAUUUUACUGAUCUGCAUUGAUCUUUUAUGUAUCAGGAAUGAAGGAUGUUGCUUUUACUCCAUAGUAUUUUGUUAUCCUCUGUUGUAUGUAGAAGUGUAUGUAACUUGUCCUUACCCCAGUUUUCAAAAUGGUCCGUUUGUACUUUUAGUUGUUUUAAUAAAGUGACGGUGUCAGGUAC